AUGGAUGUCUCCGCAGUUUUGUGUAACGCUAAAUACAUGACUAACAAUAACGAACAAAAUGGCCGCCAGCCUCCUCUACCGCCACAACAGACAUCAAUUCGACAAUCUACAGAUCAACAAAAUCAACAGAUUAGGAAAUGUCGUGACUUUGUUUGGGGCAUAUGCACUAAAGGUGCUCAAUGUAAAUUUCGACACGAGUUAGAUGUCGAAUAUAUGAAAGAGAUUUUGAGGUUCUGUCACGACUAUCAAAACAAAACUGGCUGUACUAGAUCAGAUUGCACAUACUUGCACGCAAGUAGAGAAGAAGAAAACCUCUUUCUAACCGCAGGACAAAUACCCAGAGCUCUGGCGGAAAGAUAUGCAGCUAUGUCUAACGCACCGAUGAGCAUGUAUGUGAACGAGUAUAUAGCUCAAGCACCACCGCCACCUCCGCCGCCACCGCCGCCGCCUCCACCGCCAAGUUCUGCAUUGCCACCACUUCCAGUAUCUAUACCUACUUUAUUUGCUCCGCCGCCGCCUCCACCGCCGCCGCCGCCGCCGCCAACCACAGCUGUUGCACCUGUUCAGAUGACACCACCCAUAUUCUCAGCUCCACCUGCCUUUAAUGCUUCUGCUAUGUUUACUGCAACUCAGCCACCACCACCAUUGCCACAUAUGUUUGAUGCUAGCAGACCUCCUCCUCCAUUGCCAACUAAUGCAACUCCAAACAAAAAUGGCGCCAUCAAACGUUCUGCAGAACUUUCUGAUGAGGCCGGGCCAAGCAAAACCAAGAAAGCGGACUGCGUCAAAGUUGACGGCUGCGAAAACUGUAUCCAGCGGGAACUCAGGUCUGAGCUGUACCGCCAGGAAUUGCAGAAGCUGGAGUGUGAGCAUGAAUAUCAGUCCUACAUAUUCGAGAAGAAGUCUGCUGAGUAUGCCAAUGGUAGACUGUUGCUGAAGUCAGCUGUCAGCUCAGAUUGGUUCCGGAUUUUGGAUGAGUAUAUAGAGGAGUCAUCUGAGCCGGCGCAAAUUCAUGAUCUGCUAACCCAGUUUAAUCAAACCCCUUCAUUUGCUUCUGAAACUUCUACCGUGCCAAGACAAUUUCUACUGCAAUUGAUCGAGUGCGUUUUUCGUAAUCAACGACCUGUUGUAGAAACGCCGCCUGUACCAGUCGGAAUGGAAGAAUCUCCACUAUUACAGUCACUGGCUGGAUUCACCAGAAGAGCCAAUCCGAUUAAUCAUAUGUCUACCGACGUCAUCCAAACUAUGUUGGAAGUUUUAAGAAAUUCUGCGGCAUUAACAAAUGAAAGAAGCCUAAACGAAUCGCGCGCAAAAGAACUUUUAAAUACGGAACGAAGCAGGCCAAGUGCUUCAAAUGUUAGCAACAAUAAUUUUGGACAAUUUAUCAAUGGACAUACAACAGACAGUGCCACUUUGGCAUCUAUUACGACUCCUACAAGAUAUCCAUGCACAACCAACAUAACGGUGCGAACAUUCGCCAGUGGAAUGGUCAACACAGUGGCUUCAGCUUCGUCUCAUUCACACCCACCGACGGCGGUAUACUUGACUAAUGCGCCUCACCUGCCGAAUACACCCCUUACUUCUGCUGCACCCCGUCCACCGACUGCCCCUCAUCCAACGCCGGCCCCUCAUCCCCCGGCUGCUCCCCAUCCUCCAAGCGCACCACAUCCCCCGACUGCGCCUCAUCCCCCUAGUGGUCCUCAUCUUCCACAAGCAUCUCAUCCUUUAACUGCACCCCAUCCGCCUAGUGCUUCCCAUCCACCGACUGCCCCGCAAUCACACGUGAGAGCAGUGACUACGCCGUCAACGUAUUUACCGUACCAGCCGGCUGUUCCUCCACCACCUACGAGAGGUUACUAUCCACAAGCUUAUCCUUCUACGUCAAGUAGUGUACAAAAUGCCCAUCAAACAUAUCCAAACUUUCCUGUGCGAGUGGCAGUAAAUCCUCAAAUGGCUCGUUCUUCAACGGCAACGACGGCGACGGCGACUGCGACGGCACCAGCACCGUCGGCGCAUAAUGCACAAAAUUAUAACGCGUAUCUUAUGGCCAGAUAUCCUCCCCAGCCACCUUUUGGUCCAUACCAAUAACAUUGCGGUCUGAGCUGUACCGCCAGGAAUUGCAGAAGCUGGAGUGUGAGCAUGAAUAUCAGUCCUACAUAUUCGAGAAGAAGUCUGCUGAGUAUGCCAAUGGUAGACUGUUGCUGAAGUCAGCUGUCAGCUCAGAUUGGUUCCGGAUUUUGGAUGAGUAUAUAGAGGAGUCAUCUGAGCCGGCGCAAAUUCAUGAUCUGCUAACCCAGUUUAAUCAAACCCCUUCAUUUGCUUCUGAAACUUCUACCGUGCCAAGACAAUUUCUACUGCAAUUGAUCGAGUGCGUUUUUCGUAAUCAACGACCUGUUGUAGAAACGCCGCCUGUACCAGUCGGAAUGGAAGAAUCUCCACUAUUACAGUCACUGGCUGGAUUCACCAGAAGAGCCAAUCCGAUUAAUCAUAUGUCUACCGACGUCAUCCAAC